AUGCAGCUCACGGAGGACGAGGCGACCGAGGUGAAGACGUGGGUUGUGAAGAAGCUGGAAGACAUCUCCGAUGCCGACUCCGAUGUCCUUGCCGAUUAUGUCCUUGCUUUGAUCCGCUCCGACGCUCCGGAUGAUGAGAUCCGGAAGGCAUCAGUGGAGAACCUGGAGGAUUUUUUGAGAGAGCAUACUACGCAGUUUGUCGAGGAGCUCUUCGCUACAUUUGCGACGCAGCCAAAGGCUCCUCCGCCCGUGUCGCAACCCCAACCCCAACCUCAGCACCCUAACGACCUUCCGCAAUCCGUAUCGGGUCCCCAACAAGCAUUCUCCUACCCUGCAACCUCCGGCCCUGCUGCAGAUGGUUAUGGUGCGCAAAUGGGGGGCGUGCCCCAAUCACAUCCGGGGCCCGACAGCUCGAAUUUCAACCGGAAACGCACAUUCCAAGAAGGCUUCCAGAUGGAUCAGGACCGCGAAGAUGUGCCUCAGAACCGGAACUUCAAGACCCCCCGUCGCGGGCGUGGGGGUGGUCGAGGCGACUGGAUGGGACGGGAUAGCCGUGCCGCUCAUGGUGCGCCAGGUCAAUUCCCCCCUCCUGGUGCUGGCUUCCCGGUGAUGCCUCCCUCUUUCCCAGGGUUCGAUCAGAACGAUCCAAUGGCGGCGAUGAUGGCUUUACAAAGCAUGGGUUUUCCGCAAAUGCCAGGGAUGCCUCCCAUGCCCAUGGCGCCGGGCGGGCCCGGUCAGCCCCAGGAGCAGAUGGGGCCCAAGAGCUCGGAACGGUGUCCGUUCUAUGAGACGCAAGGCAUCUGCUAUCUGGGUGCGGCCUGUCCGUACCAGCAUGAUGCCGGUCCUGGCGCUUCAAAUGCAGAUGAAUAUGAUCCCAAAUCAGCCAAUAUCAUGAUGGACUUCCAGAGACGAGAACCAGGUCCGAUGCGUGGCAGUGACCGGGGUCGCGGUCGUGGUCGCGGCGGGGACCGGGGCGGGUUUGGAGGUCGUGGCCGUCGAUCUGAGUUCUCUGCAGCUGGUCCCAGUGAUGAUCCAUCCAUCAAGACCAUUGUUGUGGAGCAGAUCCCCGACGACAAGCUCGAUGAGGCGAGUGUGCGGGAAUUCUUCUCCCAAUACGGCGAGAUUGCCGAUAUCUCAUUACAACCACAGCGCAAACUGGCCCUGAUCACGUUUGAUAACCACGCGGAAGCCAAGCGUGCCUGGUCCAGUCCCAAGGUCAUUUUUGAUAACCGGUUCGUCAAGGUCUACUGGCAUAAGCCCAGAGCGGAGAGAAACGGCGACCAGCGUCCUUCUGGUGAUGCAAUGGACGAGAGUCCAGCCUUCGAUCCGGAGGGAUUCCAGAGGCAGCAGGAGGAGGCGCAAAAGGCCUACGAGGAAAAGAUGAAAAAGCGCAAGGAGACCGAAGAGGCCAAGCAGAAAUUGGAGAAACAGCGCGAAGAGCUACUGAAGAAGCAGCACGAGGAGAAGCAACGACUCCUGGAACGGCUUGGCGCAAGCGCCGGCAGCAAUGGUGCCGACUCCGCUGAUGAAACCGCCCCAUCCCCCGUCGACGAGAACGCAAGCGAGCAGACGAAGCAGCUCCGCGCGCAGCUGGCCGCUCUCGAGGCGGAAGCCAAAACUCUGGGGAUUGACCCUAGUCAGGAAGCAGGCGGCUACCGCGGUCGCGGACGGGGAUAUGCGGGCUACCGAGGAGGCUACGUACCGCGCGGUCGCGGGCAAGCGCCGCCAUUCCGCGGAGGCUAUCGUGGUCGGGGUGCUGCGCGCGGGCGAGGCGGUGUCCUGCGUCUCGACAACCGGCCCAAGAGAGUCGCCGUCGCUGGCGUAGAACUGAACUCCGAGAAGGACGAAGCGCUAAGACAGUUCCUCAUCGGCGCCGGCGAAUACGAAUCCAUCGAACCCCACCCGGACCAGCCCAACUCGGUCGUUGUGGCCUUCAAGGAACGCUACCAGGCGGAGAAGUUCAUGUUCGGGCCAUGGAACAUCCCCUCCGUCGGCGAGGUCCAGCUCACCUGGGUCCCUAACCCACCGAUCAGCGUCAGCAUGCCCACUGCGGCAUCCGACGCCAAGACGGCAUCGGACGAAGAUACGGUCAUGGAGUCUGCAGCUGGCUCGGGACUGGCCGUGGAGCAGCGCAAGGAUGGAAAUCAUGAUGUUGACUACGACGUUGCGGAAAUGGACGACAACUGGGGCGAGUAG